GAUCAGAAUAAUGGUCAAAUGCUCCAAGAAGGUGAUGUGAGGUGAACUGUUAAAAUAUUCAUAAUUUCAACUGAAAUCCGCUGCGCCUACAUUUCCCAGCAUGCCUUUCGCUAAAAGCGGAAGUGUCGUAUAAAAGACACUUAUAAAGCUGCUUCCCAGGCAGCUGAAAUAGACCAAUGCGUAGCGGGGUGAACCUGCCGUGGCAGCGAUGGGACGAGCACGGAGAAAUGACAGCUUGUGCAGGAAUUUAGGCUGAACUGCAUCCCUUCACUGACAGGAUCGCAACUGCCGGCUCGGUCGAACUAUGUGACAGCUGACAUUUCUCCCUUCCGAGGCGAUAUAUUUUUUUAUUUAUUUUUAAAAUCUAAAGAAUGGAUCCGGUGAAAUGGGUGCUAAAGUUGACCCGGCGGUGUCCUCUGGAUGUUGCGGCGCUCCGUCUCAAACUCGACUAGGUUUUUGGUGGAAAUGCUACCUCUCUCUGUGGGACGGUGAAAUAAUUUGCAGCUGUACGGGAGCAGAAAUAACGGGAGCCGGUGUGAAGGAGAUAACGGAAUUACCUCUCUGACCGAAGAACUGUGUGAGCCAGCGUUCACGCUGAAUUUCUCCAGGAUUUCACCCCGCUGCUGCUCCUGGAGACUCUGGAGACUUUCCAGUGAAUUGUUUUAUAGGUAGACUUCUUUUUGCAUGUUGUUUUUGUCGGCUAAAUAUAGAACACAAUUCAUGCAAAUUGCACUACAUGAGCCGUUAAUCCGCAGGCGUAUAAAAACGUUCAGUAUAAUGCUCUUAAAUCGUUACACUUUUUAUUGUGAGGAACUGAGGCUAUUGGGGAUUAAAUGGAUACUGCUGCUCCAUAUAAUGUGAGCGUCACCUCCAUGGGCUGCCAUUUGUCGUUUAUUACUGUCCAGCACAACAUUUUUUUAUUAUGACUCCUGUCAGCAGCUGGACAUAGAACAUUAGCCUUUGGAUAGUCCAGAGAUUAGCGGGUAAUGACACAAAAGAGAAUAUGACGCUAAAAUGUAACAUUAGUAGUUUUUGUUAAUUAUUUAGCUGAACGUUUUACGCGCACCUUUCCGAUGGAUGCAUGUUGCCAGAAGUCCUUUUGUGAUAAAGCAGAUUUAGGAGGCAAUGACUUGUAACCUGACAGCAUGAAAACAUCAGUGCACGGAUGAAAGGAAAGUUAUUGUACCUGCACUUGUUUGAUGAAGUUGCGUUUACGCACCAGAAAGCAUGCGCUCUGCAAAAUAUGAAGAUUAUCUUUGCUGUCUUUUUUUCUCAAAGUGUUUUGCAUCAAAGACGCAUGGCUGCUUUUAAAUGAACACUUUUUGAUCUGACCUCUGGACGUUGUUGUGGAUUGUGUUGCUAUUUAAUGCAAUGGGUUGUAUCCAGAGUAUCAGGUGUAAGCCCAAGAGUUUCCGAGACAGUAUCAUCGUCCUGGAGGUGAACACUUCCAUCGACCCCAACCCCACCAGCAUCGACGAGUCAUCCAGCGUGGUCCUGCGCUACCGGACACCGCACUUCCGAGCUUACGCCCGGGUCAUGGUGCCGCCGGUAGCCGGUAAAGAGACAUGGACCAUCGGCUGGAUUCAAGCCUGUAACCACAUGGAGUUCUACAAUACGUAUGGAAACAAAGGGAUGUCGAGUUGGGAGCUCCCCGACCUGCGGGAUGGCAAAAUCCAGGCCAUCAGCGACUCGGAUGGGGUGAACUACCCGUGGUACGGCAACACCACAGAGACCUGCACUGUGGUUGGCCCCACCAAGAAGGACAGCAAGUUCACAGUUAGUAUGAAUGACAAUUUCUACCCCAGCGUGACCUGGGGCGUGCCCGUCAGCGACAGCAACGUGCCUCAGCUUAGCAGCAUCCGCCGCGACCAGAGCUUUACGACCUGGCUGGUGGCCAUUAACCAGGCCACCUCAGAGACACUCGUCCUGCAGACAAUCCGCUGGAGGAUGCGGCUUCACAUCCAAGUGGAUCCGGAGAAGCCUCUGGGUCACAGGGCUGUUCUAAACGAGCCUGUGGCCCAGGAGCAGCCCCAGAUCCUGGGAAAGAACGAGCCCAUCCCCUCUAAUGCCAUGGUCAAGCCCAACGCCAAUGAUGCCCAGGUGCUGAUGUGGCGGCCAAAGAAUGGUGACCCCGUGGUGGUCAUCCCACCAAAAUACUGACCUGUUUCACUGACCAGACUGGCCUUGGAUACCUUAACAGUAUCAUCUCUUAUUUUUUCUUUUGUUCCUGCUCGUCACCAGCUCUCACUGCUUUAACCCUUCCCCUGUUUUUUUUGCCUCUAUGUUCUUCUCUCUCAUGUUUAAAAAAAAGACUGACGGAGAGAGAAACAGGCAAACAAAACCAGCUCUGAGAAAAAGACCAGCUGUUGCUCUGAGGCGGGGGCUUGAACAAACUUUUGAAACUGGAGCGAACAAACUGCAACCAUUCUACCUUCAAACUGGGUCGGGUCGCACUGUGCUAAAUUGCAAAAAUGAAAAAAGAGAGAAUUUAUUUGUUUUUUUAUUUGUUUUAUAUAUUUUAUUGGCUUUUGGGCAAAGCGAUAUCGGGUUUGUGAGUGUGGUUGGGUUGAAGUAUUUACAUAACCAUGACUGCACAAAUGCUACACAUGGGUAUGCACAAACCUUGUGUAUGAAUACCAGUUGUGUUUUUAUUUAUGGGCUGGGAGAGAGUGCAUUUAAUUUUUGUUUGUUGUUGCAUUGGGUGACAUACUAGAUUUUAGUUCUUUAAAAAAAAAACAUGCAAGACAUUCAAUCCAUGCUGCCUUAAGUUUACAUCGCUUUCCACUGCAAACUUUUUAGCCUUAAACGAAGUGCAAUGCAGUAUUUUGCUCAUUUUUCCCGUCUCUUCCAGACUGUUGGUGCUGGCCUGUGUGGGUUUAGGAUAGGAACGAUACCACAGAAGAAGACAUGGGGUCUGAAGGCUUUUAUGUUCGGAUGCAUUUACCUGACAGAUGUAUUGUCUCACGUGUACAACCAGCAUUAUGCAUUGACAGUUAUACAACCAAGCUAACGAGUUGUGUUUCAAGUGCAUUAUGCAACGGAAGAGAUGUUCUGUACUGAUACAGAUAACACCGGUAAAGCCAACACUUGUCAAUAGCACUCAAUACAAUAACGUGCAAUAACAACUUGAGCAAAAAGUACUCUGAAGCACCGUUCAGCUAACCUCAUCUCAUUCACUUUAUUCUGUUUAUAGACAAUUGUAGCAUUCAACAUCAGCACACACGUUUUCCUUUCGGUGUAUCACUCCAUCUCAGGGCCCCUUUUUCAUUUCCUCCCCCUCUUUCAUCCAUCCUGUCUCUUUCUUGCCACAGUCAGUCACAUAGUGUUUGCAUUGCUCUCAUUGAACAAUCAAUACUUUGAUUAAUAAGCAGCCACCAACAGGGGAAAUAACUGGAGAAUAAAAACAGCUGCUGUGCUAUCAAUAUUGACAAUCUUUUUACAUAUUUAUUUAUUAUUGUUGCCUUUCUUUAAACCAAUAACACCCUUUUUUUCUGUAACAUUUUGUCCCUCAUCCUCAGUCAUCCGUAAUCUUCAUAUAUACCAGUGUACUUACUCCUCCUCCCCCACUGCCUUCCCCUCUUCUUCUUUCACUCUUUUUCUAUCUGUUGUCGAGGCUGAAAAGCAGAGCAUAGGCAUGCAAGUUUGAUCCUGACUGCUCGGUUGGCAUAUAGAUGACCCACUUCUCUGCCCUGACUGUUGUAGCUCUCGCUGCAGAAAUGUGGGGCUUGUCUCCCUUUUUUAUUUCACCGCCAGCAAAUGUACGACACAAAUGCACGCAUACACAAACAGCUCUGGUCAGCUAAAUACCAACAUUAAAUGAGAUGUUUAGCUCUUAAUCUUCAGCUGCAGAGUGAAAACUCUUAAAAGCAGAGAGAGAAAGGCGGAAUUCGGCAUCAUGGGAAAAAAGCCAAAAUAUUGGUAAAAAGUAAUUUAUGCACACAAAAUGUGUUGAUUAGCUCUGUAAGUUUUUCCUGUUAAUAGCCAGUUUUUGACUUUCAGAUGUUACAUACAUCUUGCAAGCUCACUGCGCUCAGCAGGUUCCUGUGCUCUGCCUCCAACCAAAGAAAUAAUUUGCAUGCAAGUCUGACUGGCUCAUGUAUUUCACAAAGAUCAGUAAGAUGCUGCUGUUUCACUGUGUUUGUGUCUCCUUUCUAUCGACUGGAUAGCAUUAGGAUAUUCUGUCCAUUUAACCAUUUAACAAAACUGGAUUAUUUUGUGUUUUAACUCAGGAGUAAUUUGAUCUGGUUUAUAUUUUCACUGAAAGGAAAAAAAUCCAAAUUUGGGGGAAUACUCUUAUUCUUAGUUUCAUAUUUAGCACACGGAUAGGCCUGCAUGAGUAAUCUUCUCAUGUAAGAAAGCAAAUUAAACAUUUAAUUAUUAUUUAACUGUGGAGAAUUAGCUCCGCAGAGCACCAUGUAGGUUGAUGUCGUAACAUUUAGCUGAACCAGAGCUCAAACAUCCAUUCAUGAUGUCCAUCUUGAUGCAACCAGCUAAACUGCUUUGUCCACUACAUUUAAAGCCCCGCACAUGGCUACAUAUUGACGCUUCUGCUCAGCUUGGUUCAUGUUCAUGAUAGCAUGAUAGUAUCUGCUCCAGGCUGGGUCGCAGGGCGCUGUGGUGAAGGGAGAAGAGAACUAAAAGGCUAUUGGGGGACUGCUGUCAUAAUUAGAUCUGCUGUGACACACUUACAUGCCCUACAUGGGCUGAACUGUGCCGAGUCGCGCCAAGCAAUGCAAAGGGCCAGCUUGAGUCAUGGGUGAGGGGUAAGUGAGGUCAAAUAGCAAAGGUCAGGGUCAAAGUGACUGUGGCCUAAAAUGUCCUGCUGAAGACCUCAAAUGUACUGCAGAAAGUCGAGAGCAAAGUGGGAAUUAAUAUCAAGGUGACAACUAAUUUAAACAUUAAAGCCAGCUUAAAAUAACAGUGACAUUUACCAAGCACAACUUAUUUUAAUUUGUGGCUUGUUUUGAAGGCAGCAACAGGUGACCUUACACCUAACGUAGCAUUUAGAUCUGCCUCGUAAUUUCUUAAGAUGACCUAUGGACACUGUGGAUAGUACUCAAACUGGACGUGUAAUGUAGUUAAACCUCGACACGCAGAGUCCUGCACUCACAACACGUAUGUGUGUGUGUACUAUGUGAGCUCGUGUGGUAAAUCCCAUUUGAGGGAUUUAGGCAGGAUGAGGAGUUUCUGCUGUUGUUGAGUCAUGAUUUGCUCUCUCUCUGUAUCUCUCGUACAAACACAGUGCAGGGGAGGUUACGUCCUUGUCAUAAAACAGGGACAGAGCUCGCCCUCUCGCUCAGACAUACACACACAGACACACACAAACACCCUGAGGGGAAAGGAGCAGGCCUGGCGUGGUAUCUGAUUGUCACAGCAGUGUCACAUUGGCAGUGAGAACUCAUUUAUCGGCUCUGCACGUGGACUGUCCCAACACAUGCACAUGCUACAAAGCCAUAUGCACAAACACACCUGUUUGCCAAUAAGCAGGACGUGUAUUGUGUAACUUUUGUGUUGUCAAACUGGAGUUUUAAUAUGAAACAGAAAAGGAAGUAUUGAGGUCACUGAGUGGGUGCCUGUCAACUUUUAAACAGCAUUUCAUGUAUAUUGUGGGGUAAUGGCGCUAACUGUGUUCUCUGUGAGUGUCUGAAGAUGUGUUAAUGAUGUGUAUUUUAUGUUCACACAACAGAAGAACUUCAUAAAUGCAUUAUGUGCUUCCUUAACUGAGCCACAGACAUUUGUUGUAUGGCGGGCAAAAAGUGCCAAAAUUGGACAAAGCCAAAACUAUGCAGUAGGACAUUGUAGUAACUUGUGAACUCUAAGACCGGAGAUAUACUUGCUUUUUAACAACACGGUCAUGUAGAGACAACCUGCUGUGACGUGAACAGAAUUGUUCUCAUUCUUGUCUACGUACAGCACAUUACAAGAGGACUCCACUAGAAGGUGCACCAGAUGAAUCAGAACAUGUAGAACUACCGGAUUUGCAGAAAAUCAUUGCAACAAUCCACAAGCUUAUUAUUUAUAGCGUUCUGAGAACGUAGAAUACACAAUCGUGCAUGCACAUGUGAAAGCAUAGUAAAAAGCAAGUAUAUCUCUGGCUAAAAAACCUUAUGGCACUUAAUACCAGGCCUGUUUUCAAUUGUUUUUUAUCAUUAAAUGCAUUGAGCGUAUUUGUAUUUCCAGAGAAACAUCACAAAUGUAAAAUGUAGCCAUGUGGAAGCUUCUUUGUUGUAGUGUUUUCUGCUUGUAGGGCUGUGCCAAGUGGAUGAAAAGCCUCCUCUCCUAAACCCACACCAUUACAGUUCUUCUGAUGGCUGCUACCUUUGCAUCAGAUCUCUAUGUCGUUAUUUAACUCCCAUGAGACAUCAGUGAAUCAUCCUCCCUUUAUUUAAACCAAUAAAACAUCCCAAGUUCACACUCAGGACCACCUGCCUUCAUUUCCUGGCUCUGACGUUUCGUUCUAUCCCAUGAAAAACAAAAAGUUCAGCUCAUCUUGCUGUUCCCCUUACUUCAAAAUCAAAUCAACAUUGUCCCAUGGUAAAAGUACAAACCCUAAAUGUAGCACAUAAGAUAAUAUGAGCAACUAUGUACAGUAUGUUUCUCAUUGUUUGGUUUGUUUUCUGGAAAUACAGCACUGAAACAGUUAAAGCAGUUUGUGUUCUUUUGUUCAGCUUUGACUUUUACACCAAUACUUGAAAAUGGGUCAGUUCUGGCAAAUAUUUAAAACUGUGAAAAUGCACAACAUUGGGGAAACAAACCCUAAAAGAAAAAACAUAAAACGUUCUUUUUCAUGAAUAAAUAAAAUGUGCAA